AUUCCAAUAAGAUAAAAAUACAAUAAUAUAAAAAAUACAAUAAUGUUAUAUAUACAUACCGAUCCAUGUUCGAGAAAAUAUGCCAAGAUCAUAUGUUCAAGCAUGUGAUCAAUGUCAAAGAAGAGGAAAAUUUCUUAAUUCUCGUUCAUAUUUUGGAUUUUCAUUUACCAACUGUCUAAUAGUUAUACUUGCUCUCACGUUUUUCAAUAUUACGUGAUAUUCAACUUAGUUUAAGUAUUUGUGAACGUACUGAAAUUACCACAAUGUUAUGAAAAAGUGUUGGGAUGAAGACCCAUUAAAAAGACCAUCUUCUGAAGAAAGUCCCCAGAAGAAGACUAUGGACACAUACUGGUUAGAACGAGAUUUUGGUGGCGGUGGAUGGAUCCAUAGUGUCGCUUUUUCACCUAGCGGUGAAGCUUUAGCUUUCGCAGGUCAUGACUCUGAAAUUAAAAAAAUAAUUGCAGCUGGCUAUGAUUGUGCACCUGUGUUAUUUGAAAAAGCUAACAAAGAAUGA